AUGGCCCUCCCUUUUGCUGGCCGGAGGGGUUGCAGGAGUUCGUAUGCUCUUUUUUUUUGUCUUUCGCCAUCAGUAUUACUGAUAUCACCUCUGUCUGCGGCCGGCUGGGUGGUCACUUUCCCAUUCGAUGUCGUGAAAACUCGUGUUCAAGGCAGCACCGCAGCACUUUCAGUACCAGCGGCAACCCCCAUACCUUCCCAGACUUCUUUCUCUCCGGGUGCCUCGUUACUUGACAGAUCAGGAUCCAGAGCCACAGAUUAUAAUUCUUACCGUCUGUUUUCAAGCAUUAGGUGCCCCACAAAAGAGGAAGAAACUGGUGUGGGUCCGCCUUUCUGCAGAAGAACGCCAGUGUGUUAUACGGCAUCAUUUCAUUCCCCGCUGGAGAAGUUUGCUUAG